UUUUACGAUACUCUUUUAUCACAACAGCCCUUCCCCUUUCCCUUUUAACUGCCUUCAAAAUAGUCAGAGAUCCUUUUUUGUGUUCGUUACUAGCUCAAACUAAUCAAAUCAUAUCCAAGUUAUGGGAAACAGCCCGUCAAAGAAUGCCAGCCCCAAUGCCCACGCGAUCUCAAGCUUAAAUGGUUCAACAACAACUACAACUACAACUUCAACCACAGGUGGUGAACCUGUUGAACCAGAUGAUAGGAAGUUUUCUUCCUCAAAUAAUCAUAAUAAAGCAAGUUAUAACAAACGAAAUGUUGCUACAAAUAAUGGGUUAAAAACUCAAAGUUAUAACAAAAAUAAAUUACAAAAAAAAAAACUAGUAAAAGUCCAAAAAAAUUUACUUAUUUUAAUGAAUUCAAUAAUAGUUCUGAUGAUACCAUUAGCGAUGAGAAUGUUAGUCCCUUCGAGAUGGAGAUUAACUUAUCAAUGGCUAAAGCGUUAAAACAAAAUUCUCCAAUUUUGAAUGCUGGUGGUGGUGGUGGCGAAAAUGAAGAGGAGGAAGAAGAAAUUGGUGGUGUUGGUAGUAGUAGUACAGGUAAUGGAAGUACAGGUACAGAUGAAGUCUCGAGCUCUUUUAGUGAUUUAUUCACUAUUGAUUCUUCAAUUUCAAGUUCAUUAUCAACAACUCCACCUGUUUUUUCAAAUUUACCUCCAAUUUUAGAAGAACCAAAAAUUAAAAAUUUUACCAGGAAACCAAAAUUAGGACCAAAUGAUAUUGAUAUUGAUUCGAUUAUUGAGAAAUUAUUAACAAUGUCAUCAUCUUCAACUAAUUCAAGUCCUGUUCUGAGAGCUAAGAACAGUGCUGGUAAUAGUAAUAACAAGGAUGAAUUCUUCAUUAAACCUUAUGAAAUUGCAAUAAUUUGUGCAAAAGCUCGUGAAGUGUUUUUAAACCAACCAAGUUUAUUAAGAUUGAGUGCACCUGUUAAAGUUGUUGGUGAUAUUCAUGGACAAUUUAAUGAUUUGUUGAGAAUUUUAAAAUUGAGUGGAUUACCUCCAAAUUCAAAUUAUUUAUUCCUUGGUGAUUAUGUUGAUAGAGGUAAACAAUCUUUGGAAACAAUCUUGUUGUUGUUUUGUUUCAAGAUUAAGUAUCCUGAAAAUUUCUUCAUGUUGAGAGGUAAUCAUGAAUCUGCAAAUAUUACCAAGAUUUAUGGAUUUUAUGAUGAAUGUAAAAGAAGAUUAAAUUUGAAAAGUUGGAAAAAUUUCGUUGAUGUUUUCAAUACUUUACCAAUUGCUGCAUUGAUUAAUGACAAGAUUUUUUGUAUUCAUGGUGGGUUAUCACCUCAUUUAACAAAUUUAAAACAAAUUGAAGAUUUGAAAAGACCAACAGAUAUCCCAGAAACUGGAUUAUUGGCUGAUUUAUUAUGGUCAGAUCCAGAUCCAAACGUUACCGAAUGGAGUGAAAAUGAUCGUGGUGUUUCAUACUGUUUUGGUAAAAAAAUUGUGGAUAAUUUCUGUAAGAAGUUUAAAUUUGAUUUAAUCAUUAGAGGUCAUAUGGUUGUGGAGGAUGGUUAUGAAUUCUUUGCAAGAAAGAAAUUCGUCACUAUUUUCUCUGCUCCUAAUUAUUGUGGAGAAUUUAAUAAUUGGGGUGCAGUUAUGAGUGUUGAUCAGAAGUUGAUGUGUAGUUUUGAAUUAUUAAAACCAAGUAAAAAUAAGUGAUGGGAGGUAUUUUUUUUUGUUUCAUUUUAAUGAAUAAUGAAACUAGAAUAUGGGAAUGGGUUAAUUUUUUAUAUAAAUAUGUAUAUUG